AUGACAUUCGAGUUUGAAGUAUUAAAAAAGCGUAUUGCUGAACUUAAGGCUAAGAAUGCCGAGCUUGAGGCCAAAAAAACUGAACUUUUAAAGCAGAUUAUAGAGGAAAAUACUAAACAAAAACAGUCGUAUAAUGAUAAUCCUUCUAACGAUAGUAUAUCUAACUUUAAUUCAGUUGUAAAGUAUUAUGAGAAACCAUUGGUGAAUGUGAAAACAAAUAAUUCCUUUCCUGAAGAAGUUUGCUAUAAUAAACAAGAACUGAUAACAGAGGUGACAGUAUCUGUCAACUCUGUAAAAUACCUUAAUAGCAAAUCGUUAGAAAAGAAAGAUAUGAAUAGUUUCUUACUUGAGGCUCAUAAGAAAAUCAUUAGUAGUGAAAUAAAGCAAUACAAUAAGAAGAAAUUUCUACGUGAGUCAGCUAAAAAUCAAGUCUAUUCGAAAUUAUCAAGUGACAAAAAAACUGUUACCAAUGGUAACGAUCAAGAUUUGAAAUUAUUACUUAGCAUAGGUGAUAAUGUCCAUUAGGGAUGGUUAGAUCAGUCCUGGUCCGGUCCUGGUCCUGAGACCUAUAAGUCCUAUUAAACGGACCUGCGAAUCAGAUCCUGUUAGGACCAGUUCUGAACCUGAUCUCUGGACCUGGUCCUGAUUAAGUUAUUUAUAGAUUUUAUGAAUUUAGUAAUAACUAAAUAUAAAAAAAGUGAGUUGCGAUAUUGGGAUUCACUUUUUUAUAUUGAUUUUAUAUAGAA